AUGUCUGGCCUCAAGUCUGGUGACAGCUUCCCUGCUGACGUCGUCUUCUCCUACAUCCCUUGGUCGGAGGAGUCUGGCGAGAUCACUUCCUGCGGUAUCCCCAUCAACUACUACGCCUCCAAGGAUUGGGCCAACAAGAAGGUCAUCCUCUUCGCUCUUCCGGGUGCCUUCACCCCCGUCUGCUCUGCCAGACACGUCCCCGAGUACAUUGAGAAGCUCCCCGAGAUCCGCGCCAAGGGUGUCGAUGUUGUUGCCGUCCUGGCCUACAACGAUGCCUACGUGAUGAGCGCCUGGGGCAAGGCCAACAACGUCACCGGCGAUGACAUUCUUUUCCUCUCCGACCCCGAGGCCAAGUUCUCCAAGAGCAUCGGCUGGGCUGAUGAGGAGGGCCGCACUCGCCGCUACGUCAUCGUCCUCGACCACGGCAAGGUCACCUACGCUGCUCUUGAGCGCGAGAAGAACGUCCUCGAGGUCUCCGAUGCCAACACCGUCCUCAAGAACCUGUAAUUUUUCCUCCUCUUUUCUGAGGGCUCUCAGUGGACACCCUCCAACCCCCCCCCCCGAUAGAUUUCACAUGCUGUCAGAUAGAAAGAUAACGACCGGCGCUGGAAAAUCAUAGAAUAGAUUUUCUUAGCAUAGAGAAUAACUCAUGAC